UCUGCCCGGAAGUGAGCGCGGUGCUAGGAAAGAUGGCGGCAGCGGCGGCGGUGGGCAACGCGGUGCCCUGCGGGGCCCGGGCUUGCGGGGCCCGGGCUUGCGGGGCCCGGCCUGACGGGCAGCCCAAGCCCGGGCCGCAGCCGCGCGCGCUCCUUGCCGCCGGGCCGGCGCUCAUAGCUAACGGUGACGAGCUGGUCGCUGCCGUGUGGCCGUACCGGCGGUUGGCGCUGCUGCGGCGCCUCACGGUGCUGCCAUUCGCGGGGCUGCUCUACCCGGCCUGGUUGGGUGCCGCAGCCGCUGGCUGCUGGGGCUGGGGCAGCAGUUGGGUGCAGAUCCCCGAAGCCGCGCUGCUCGUGCUUGCCACCAUCUGUCUCGCGCACGCGCUCACUGUCCUCUCGGGGCAUUGGUCUGUGCACGCGCAUUGCGCGCUCACCUGCACCCCGGAGUACGACCCCAGCAAAGCGACCUUUGUGAAGGUGGUGCCAACCCCCAACAAUGGCUCCACGGAGCUCGUGGCCCUGCACCGCAAUGAGGGCGAAGACGGGCUCGAGGUGCUGUCCUUCGAAUUCCAGAAGAUCAAGUAUUCCUAUGAUGCCCUGGAGAAGAAGCAGUUUCUCCCCGUGGCCUUUCCUGUGGGAAACGCCUUCUCAUACUAUCAGAGCAACAGAGGCUUCCAGGAAGACUCAGAGAUCCGAGCAGCUGAGAAGAAAUUUGGGAGCAACAAGGCCGAGAUGGUGGUGCCUGACUUCUCGGAGCUUUUCAAGGAGAGAGCCACAGCCCCCUUCUUUGUAUUUCAGGUGUUCUGUGUGGGGCUCUGGUGCCUGGAUGAGUACUGGUACUACAGCGUCUUCACGCUAUCCAUGCUGGUGGCAUUCGAGGCCUCGCUGGUGCAGCAGCAGAUGCGGAACAUGUCGGAGAUCCGGAAGAUGGGCAACAAGCCCCACAUGAUCCAGGUUUACCGAAGCCGCAAGUGGAGGCCCAUUGCCAGUGAUGAGAUCAUACCAGGGGACAUCGUCUCCAUCGGCCGCUCCCCACAGGAGAACCUGGUGCCAUGUGACGUGCUUCUGCUGCGAGGCCGCUGCAUCGUAGAUGAGGCCAUGCUCACGGGGGAGUCCGUGCCACAGAUGAAGGAGCCCAUCGAAGACCUCAGCCCAGACAGGGUGCUGGACCUCCAGGCCGACUCCCGGCUACACGUCAUCUUCGGGGGCACCAAGGUGGUGCAGCACAUCCCCCCACAGAAAGCCACCACGGGCCUGAAGCCGGUUGACAGCGGAUGCGUGGCCUACGUCCUGCGGACUGGAUUCAACACAUCCCAGGGCAAGCUGCUGCGCACCAUCCUCUUCGGGGUCAAGAGAGUGACUGCAAACAACCUGGAGACCUUCAUCUUCAUCCUUUUCCUCCUGGUGUUUGCCAUCGCUGCAGCCGCCUAUGUAUGGAUUGAAGGUACCAAGGACCCCAGCCGGAACCGCUACAAGCUGUUUCUGGAGUGCACCCUGAUCCUCACCUCGGUCGUGCCUCCUGAGCUGCCCAUCGAGCUGUCCCUGGCCGUCAACACCUCCCUCAUCGCCCUGGCCAAGCUCUACAUGUACUGCACAGAGCCCUUCCGGAUCCCCUUUGCUGGCAAGGUCGAGGUGUGCUGCUUUGACAAGACGGGGACCUUGACCAGUGACAGCCUGGUGGUGCGCGGUGUGGCCGGGCUGAGAGAUGGGAAGGAGGUGACCCCAGUGUCCAGCAUCCCUGUAGAAACACACCGGGCCCUGGCCUCGUGCCACUCGCUCAUGCAGCUGGACGACGGCACCCUCGUGGGUGAUCCUCUAGAGAAGGCCAUGCUGACGGCCGUGGACUGGACGCUGACCAAAGAUGAGAAAGUAUUCCCCCGAAGUAUUAAAACUCAGGGGCUGAAAAUUCACCAGCGCUUUCAUUUUGCCAGUGCCCUGAAGCGAAUGUCCGUGCUUGCCUCGUAUGAGAAGCUGGGCUCCACUGACCUCUGCUACAUCGCGGCCGUGAAGGGGGCCCCCGAAACUCUGCACUCCAUGUUCUCCCAGUGCCCACCCGACUACCACCACAUCCACACCGAGAUCUCCCGGGAAGGAGCCCGCGUCCUGGCGCUGGGGUACAAGGAGCUGGGACACCUCACUCACCAGCAGGCCCGGGAGGUCAAGCGGGAGGCCCUGGAGUGCAGCCUCAAGUUCGUCGGCUUCAUUGUGGUCUCCUGCCCGCUCAAGGCUGACUCCAAGGCCGUGAUCCGGGAGAUCCAGAAUGCGUCCCACCGGGUGGUCAUGAUCACGGGAGACAACCCGCUCACUGCAUGCCACGUGGCCCAGGAGCUGCACUUCAUUGAAAAGGCCCACACGCUGAUCCUGCAGCCUCCUUCCGAGAAAGGCCGGCAGUGUGAGUGGCGCUCCAUUGAUGGCAGCAUCGUGCUGCCCCUGGCCCGGGGCUCCCCAAAGGCACUGGCCCUGGAGUAUGCACUGUGCCUCACAGGCGACGGCUUGGCCCACCUGCAGGCCACCGACCCCCAGCAGCUGCUCCACCUCAUCCCCCACGUGCAGGUGUUCGCCCGCGUGGCCCCCAAGCAGAAGGAGUUUGUCAUCACCAGCCUGAAGGAGCUGGGCUACGUGACCCUCAUGUGUGGGGAUGGCACCAACGACGUGGGCGCCCUGAAGCACGCUGAUGUGGGUGUGGCGCUCUUGGCCAAUGCCCCUGAGCGGGUUGUCGAGCGGCGACGGCGGCCCCGGGACAGCCCAACCCUGAGCAACAGUGGCAUCAGAGCCACCUCCAGGACAGCCAAGCAGCGGUCGGGGCUCCCUCCCUCCGAGGAGCAGCCAACCUCCCAGAGGGACCGCCUGAGCCAGGUGCUGCGAGACCUCGAGGACGAGAACACACCCAUUGUGAAACUGGGGGAUGCCAGCAUCGCAGCACCCUUCACCUCCAAGCUCUCGUCCAUCCAGUGCAUCUGCCACGUGAUCAAGCAGGGCCGCUGCACACUGGUGACCACGCUACAGAUGUUCAAGAUCCUGGCGCUCAAUGCCCUCAUCCUGGCCUACAGCCAGAGCGUCCUCUACCUGGAGGGGGUCAAGUUCAGUGACUUCCAGGCCACCCUACAGGGGCUGCUGCUGGCCGGCUGCUUCCUCUUCAUCUCCCGUUCCAAGCCCCUCAAGACCCUCUCCCGAGAACGGCCCCUGCCCAACAUCUUCAACCUGUACACCAUCCUCACCGUCAUGCUCCAGUUCUUUGUGCACUUCCUGAGCCUCGUCUACCUGUACCGUGAGGCCCAGGCCCGGAGCCCUGAGAAGCAGGAGCAGUUCGUGGACUUGUACAAGGAGUUUGAGCCAAGCCUGGUCAAUAGCACCGUCUACAUCAUGGCCAUGGCCAUGCAGAUGGCCACCUUCGCCAUCAACUACAAAGUAAGGCCUGGGCCCCGCCCGAACAUUCCCUGUCUGCCCACCCAGCCCCAGCCCAUGAAGCCAUCUGUCCCUCAUCCCCACAGGGCCCGCCCUUCAUGGAGAGCCUGCCCGAGAACAAGCCCCUGGUGUGGAGUCUGGCAGUUUCACUCCUGGCCAUCAUUGGCCUGCUCCUCGGCUCCUCGCCCGACUUCAACAGCCAGUUUGGCCUCGUGGACAUCCCUGUGGAGUUCAAGCUGGUCAUCGCCCAGGUCCUGCUCCUGGACUUCUGCCUGGCGCUCCUGGCCGACCGCGUCCUGCAGUUCUUCCUGGGGACCCCGAAGCUGAAAGUGCCUUCCUGAGAUGGCAGUGCUGGUACCCACUGCCCACCCUGGCUGCCGCUGGGCGGGAACCCCACCAGGGCCCCGGGAGGGAACCCUGCCCCCAACCCCCCACAGCAAGGCUGUACAGUCUCGCCCUUGGAAGACUGAGCUGGGACCCCCACAGCCAUCCGCUGGCUUGGCCAGCAGAACCAGCCCCAAGCCAGCACCUUUGGUAAAUAAAGCAGCAUCUGAGAUUUUAAAAA